CUCUUUCCUAUUGGUCAUCUUCAAAAUGCGGGUGAACGAUUUGGAUUUCGUCAGCGUCCGUGACUGCGAAGGUGGCUGGCUGGUCGGUCGCACGUCACGAAGUCCAAAGCACUCCGCUUCCGCUUCAGCUUUGGCCCUGCAAAAGCUGAGCCGACCAAGCUUGCCAGCCCAUCGCACUGGUGCCGCAGCGUCUCUGUCUUUCUCGGCGGUAACUCCACACCAAGCCCCGCUCGAGUGGCCUUGCGUCGGAUCCGGUCUCGCAGAGUGGAGCGGUGGCUGCACCGCCGCUUCCCUCUUUCGUUAGUUCCGGAUCGCGCCUUCGUAGAAGAAGAAGAAGAAGAACCAGCAUUUUUUUACAAAAAAAUUAAAAAAAAAAAAAAAAACAGUGGCUUUUCUUCCUCGUAGUUUAUCGGAGUUAACUGGCUCUGUGCUUUUCUCGGCCUCCUUAUGGCUUAGCUGACCUCUGCCGUCGUUUCCUACUGCGCCUCACAACUUCAAUUCUAUCACCCUUGAACAUUUGCCCACAAAUAACAGUUGGGGGGACUGGGGAGAGAGUGAGGGAGACGAAAAAGAAGGGAAAGGUAGGGAUUUGAAUUGGGAUCAUAAUUACGCAAUUUCCUCCUCUGAAGCCUCUUAGAAACUCAUUGCGGAGACCGGAGAGGAGAAUUAGGCCGGUGCUCGUCACUCGCCCGAGAGAAGCAAACUUUGGAAGCUAUAAGUUGCCUCUCUACUCGCCUCUAAUUGUACCCUUCUUGCCAUUCCCUCGCCCUUCCAGUAUUAAAGAGGGACAAGCUUUGAGAAAGGUGAGAUUUUUAUUGAUUUUUUGGGAUCCGGACGAGGACGAAAUGAAAUGAGCCCGGCUUUUCUUCAUCCCUCCUACUUUUUCGAGCUAGAGUCGGUCCAUUAAAACCAGGAGAUUUCGACUUCGGAGUUGUUUUUAUUAUAGAUUUCCUUCUUUUUCCAGUUCAUUUAUGGAUGGGAGAGAUGCCAUGGCGAUGUCUGGCGCGGCCUCAUACUACAUAGCUCACAGAGGAAUCCCUGGCUCCCAAUCUGGAUUGCACCUGACGGCACAGCCCGGCGGCCGUUCCAUAUCGAACCUCGGCACCAGUCUCAUCGCCCCUCCCUCCAGCAUUGGUGCAGCGGCGUUUCAGGUGGAGUCUCCGUCUGCGGUCUCGUCCCACGGUGUCGUUCGACUUGGCGAAGGUGUGAGCCAGGCAGAGCCAGUGAAGAGAAAGAGAGGACGGCCUAGAAAGUAUGGGCCGGACGGGAGUGUAGCCUUAGCACUGUCGCCUAUUUCCUCCUCCGCUCCCUCUGGCUUUGCUAUCGGAUCUAGGUCAGCUUCAGAGUCUGGCGCUCCAACGGAGAAGCGAGGGAGAGGACGGCCCCCGGGCACUGGAAGGAAGCAAUUGUUAGCAUCGUUUGGUGAAUGGGUUGCUGGUUCAGCUGGAAUGGGCUUUACUCCACAUGUCAUAACGAUUGCAGUCGGAGAGGAUAUCGCCACAAAGAUUAUGUCAUUUUCACAGCAGGGACCAAGAGCUGUUUGUAUCCUCUCAGCAAACGGUGUCGUGUCUUCUGUGACCCUUCGGCAAUCUGCAACAUCUGGGGGCGUGGCCACUUACGAGGGCCGAUUUGAAAUUCUUGGUUUAUCUGGUUCAUACAUGACGACUGACAAUGGUGAAUCACGGGGCAGAACUGGAGGACUGAGCAUCUCCCUUUCCAGUCCCGAUGGUCGGGUAAUUGGCGGUGGCGUAGCCGGAGUGCUUAAAGCUGCCACCCCUGUACAGGUCAUUGUUGGAAGUUUCAUUUACACGGGCUCUAAGGGGAAGAACAAAGCAAAAGUUAGCAUUAAAACAAACCACCCUGACGCUGAACUUCAGCUUGGGGAUGAGCAAACUACACCAUUUGCGGCUCCUCCCAAUGCAAACCUUACUUCUCCCAUCAUAGCGAGGUGGCCUGGAUCAAGGCAGUUGGAUAUGAGGAAUGCUCACAUCGAUAUCGACUUGAUGCGAGGGUAGAUUAUCAUAAUUGUUGUGCCAAUUUGUUGUUCAUAUUGGUUACCAAGCAGUGAUUUGAUGUUCAUUAAUUAGAUGUAAACUGGUAAAUUGAGACCUGCAGGGUUUAGGUUGUCACAACUUAUCCUAACAUGCCUUCUGUUCCAGGGAUUGCAGUGACUUUAGGGAAGUUUGUUUUCAGUUAUGUCGUUAGGUAGUAAUGUAUUUUUGUCUAAUGUGUUGUGGUGUUCGUCUGUUUGGCGGUGUAACUCUGUUGAAGGGAGACAUUGCAAGUUUAAAAGUCUGUUUGUUUGCUAGAAAAAAAAUUGUAA